CUUAUUAAAUCGUCCGUGUACAAAAAUAUCCUAGCCAAGUCUACGUGGCUGCAAUUUUAUAGGAUAGAGAUUUCUCUCCUGGUGAAAAAUUAUAAUCUCACGUUUUAUCGGCAACUUAGGUGAGGCACGUCAGAUUCUUUUCUAUCCUAUAUUUACAUAAAAGUAUUAGAGAAACAUAUUUAUAAGAAAAUGGAUAAAGUGUUAGACACGUUAAAUGCCAGAUUGCUUGCAGCAAACAAGCAUCGCGAACUCACAGAUCAAUAUAAGAAACUUAAGACUGAUCAGGAACGUGUAGUAUUUACUCUGAAUGUUAUGAAAGAGUACGAUAUAGUUCCUAGUGCAACUGGUAUGCCAAAAAAUGCCAAAGAAUCUGAGAAAUUACGGGAGCAAGGCAAUAAAAUUUUUGUUAAAGGCAUCUUGAAUAAUACAACAUGCAUUGAUGUACUGAAAUUAUAUACAAAGAGUAUAGCCUUUGCACCUUAUCCAUCUGAACAACUUGCUCUUGGUUACGCCAAUAGGUCAGCAGUUUUGUUUCAAUUAGGUUUGCAUUCAGAAUGUAUUCAGGAUAUCGAUCGAGCACUGGCCUUAAAUUAUCCUGAUAAUUUAAGAGCCAAGCUUUAUCUGCGCAAGACAGAAUGCUUAAUAAUUUUGGGGAAUCAAUCUGUAGAAGAUAUACUUAAGGAUGCAGAACAUUGGCUAGACAAAAUGUCUUUAAAUGAUACAAGUCGAGAUAAAUUAAAAAUAAAACUUGAUAUUUUACAUAAUAAAAGUGCACAAACAGAACUAUAUACUUCUAUGAAGCAUACAGAAGCAAAGAUAGUGGAAAAACAACCUUCUCUUCCUACUAUUAAAACUUACAACAACGAAGUUCCUUGUGCAUCAGAUGCAGUAGUCAUAAAAUACAAUAAAUACUAUGGCAGACAUGUUGUAGCUGCUCGUGACAUUCGUCCAGGAGAAGUAAUUGCUGUAGAAAAACCUUACUCAUUAUUAUUAGUACAAGAAAAUAUGCAAACACAUUGCUCAAAUUGUUUAAGAGGAUGCUGGGCAAACAUACCCUGCAAAUAUUGCACCUAUGCUAUGUAUUGUUCAGAAGAAUGCAGAAAUAUUGAAUGGAAAAAAUGCCACGAUAUAGAAUGUACUGUCUUCCCUGCUUUGAUCGAAUAUAAAUACUAUAACCUCGAUUUGCUUAGUAUAAGGCUCGCUGUGCUUGCACUAAGGGAAGCUGGUAGUAUUAAGGAAUUGAAGACAAUGAUAAAAGAAAUUGAUGAAUGUGAUGAUCCACGAAUGAAAGCCUUCUUUCAAGAUGGAAAAUUACAUAGUGAUAAAUAUAUUAGUGUCUAUAGUCUUGUGACCAAUACCGAGAAGAGAGCUAUUAGUGAUCUCUUUAGGAGAUCUUUGGAUACUUCUUUUAUUUUAUACUUUUUAGCGACGCGCACUGUGAUAUUUGGUGCUAAAUUAUCUGAGGAUUUAAGCCUAUUGGAAAAAAACAACGAUGUUACAUUUGUUGGUGGUCUUAUUUUAAGGCAUCAACAAAUAAUUCCCAGCAAUAUGCAUACUUUUGGUGAAGAGCAAGGUUUAGAGCAUGUAGAACGCGGUAUAGCUGCUAUGCCAUUUCUUAGUUUAUUUAAUCACAGCUGCAAUCCAAAUAUAUUGAGACAUUCGAGACCUAAACAUAUAGUGAUAUAUGCCAUGUAUCCUAUUCGAAAAGGCGAGCAGCUAUUAGAUAAUUAUGGCAAACACUAUGCCAUCACGCCGAAAGCAACGAGGCAACAAAAGUUAUUUAAACAGUAUUAUUUCAUCUGUGAUUGCACACCUUGUCAAGAAGAUUGGCCUUUAUAUCAUGAAUUACAGUCAUUCAAAACUUUAGUGAAAAAACCGGAAGAUAAGGCUAAGAUAAAAAAGGCGUUAAGGAAAUUUAAUAUGUACGUUGAUUUAGCAACAGAGGGCAACUUACAGGAUAAGCCUUAUAUUAUUAACGACUUGUUAAAAAUGGUACAAGUACUGCAUGAUUGCGCACCGAUGCCUUGUAUGGAAAUGAGUAACGUCAUCGAAACAUUGAAACGAGUAUAUGAUUUGAACGGAAAUAUUUUUGAGAUACCGCAAGUAUGGACACAACGGAAGUAAACAUACUUUUUGACUGAUGAAACAACUUUACUGUUACCAUCUUUAUUCAUGAUUAUAUAUUAAUGUAUUAAAGAAGUACAUUUGACAUAAAUUCUUUAAGAGAGAAAUUAAUA